AUGGUCUGGGGUAGUAUGUCACCAAAAGGAGUAGGAAAACUUCAUUUUAUUGAUGGAAAUGUGGAUACAAACAAAUAUUUGGAAAUUUUAGAAGAUUCUCUUAUACCAGUGAUGGAAGAAUGUUUGACAUCCGGCCAAGAUUUUGUGUUUCAGCAAGAUGGUGCAGCGUGCCAAAAUAAUGUACCACUUUUGGAAUGGGUUUCUAGCAGUCCAGAUCUGUCACCUAUUGAAACUUUGUGGCACGAGAUGAAAAAGCCGUAA